ACACUGAGCUAAACAGACUUCUACUACAGCCCAAUCUGAGUUCGAGGUAAAGCACAAAUGGGAAACUCGGCUUCAAAAACAACCAGAAUCCUAGAUAAGGGCGUCAAGCUGAAUCAUCAGCCUUCUACUCUCGGUCAGGGUACUAUCAAUAAUUUGAAAAAGCAGGUGACAGCCGAUCACUUGAAGAACAAAAUUGAUACGAGGAAUUCCGAAGCGUCUGAGAAAAAGGAAAGCAAGCACCAGGUUUUUACCCAGCGUCCUCCCAGUGAACUUGAGCAGAUGGGAGAUAGCGAUUCAGCAGCUAAUGGUACACAUUAUGAGGGGAACAGAUUGUUUGAAAAGGCUGUGUCCGCUGGAUUAGUGAAAGUGCAAGAUAGCACUCACAAACAAAGUUACAAUCCAAACCAUGAAUCUCUUCAGGUUUUGAAAAACAGAGUCAAUGUUGAAAAGCAAUACGAGGGUUUAUUUAUUCCAAAAGACGCAGACAAGCCCAAUGUCCCAGAAAGAUUUUUGAAUGAGGAGCAAAAGAAAAGUUCGCUGGAUCCUGAAGCAAUGUUGAAAAAGACAAAGAAAACGGGUAUCAAUUCCUUUGGCCUAUUCGAUUCCGGUGUUUUGUCUGACUUGAUUGUGGAUUAUAAAGUCUUCGGAGAAGCGAAAUAUAUUGAAAAAGCAAAAGAGAUAGAUGCUAAUGAUGAAAAUAUUGUAAAGUUGAAGAAAUUCAUAGAUGAUGGCAUAAUAAAUUUACCAACGCAUAAGGUGACGCUAAAAGACUUUGCUGAUCCAGCUUCGAAACAAAUGAAACAGAAAUUGGUGACUGUCAAAGACGAUUGGGUAAAGACCAUAAAAGAGGAUAUAGAAAAAGAGAAGAUUAACAAGUUGGACUCAAAAUCUACAACGAAGACGGACCUUGAAGUUUUUGAGCAAUUCAAGAUGCUGGAAAAUCUUGUGAGCAAAUCCCAAAUAUCUACCAAGAAGGUAGACGGCCCUUUGGAAGAAAGUGAACUUGUUAUGAAUAGGCGUAAAAAGCAGGUGGUCAAGGAAGUGAAAAAGAUGUUGUGAGAAAGCUCUGUAAAUAAUCGUUAGUUUUUUUUGUACAUAUACAAAGACAUCAGUAAUAAAACAUAUUGGUU